CGACCCGUCAGUCUGCCUUCUUCUCCGAUGCACCGAUCUGGCGAAGCAGCGGCGAAAGUGCAGCGAUGAACGUUACAGCGGCCACCUUCCUCCGCGGUCAUCCGACCCGCGACGAUUUCCGGCGAGACACAUCCGCCGCGUCAAUCCCAACAGCGGCUAAACAAACAGAAGUCAAGAGGUGGGCAAAGUGCAGUGGCAGCGACGACCCACCGGCGGCAACAACUCCUCCGACAUGGCAGCAGCCUCCCCGACGGUGGAAGACCUGACGACGUCUCAACUACUCGGUAGCGACAGC